AUAGAGUAUCUCAGGCAACAUCUUAGCAUUGCUAAAGAACUGGGAGACAGGGCAGGCGAGAGAAGUGCCUACAACAAUCUUGGCUUCGCUUAUCACGAGAUGGGUGAUUUUAAUCAAGCCAUAGAGUACCACAAACAACAUCUUAGUAUUGCUAAAGAACUGAGAAACAGGGCAGGCGAGGGAAGUGCCUACAACAAACUUGGCUCCACUUAUCAGAAGCUGGGUGAUUUCAGUCAAGCCAUAAAGUACCACAAACAACAUCUCAGUAUUGCUAAACAAUUGGGAAACAGGGAAGGCGAGGGAAGCGCCUACAACAAUCUUGGCUCCGCUUAUCACAAGAUGGGUGAUUUUAAUCAAGCCAUAGAGUACCACAAACAACAUCUUAGUAUUGCUAAAGAACUGGGAGACAGGGCAGACGAGGGAAGUGCCUACAACAAUCUUGGCUCCGCUUAUCACGAGAUGGGUGAUUUUAAUCAAGCCAUAGAGUACCACAAACAACAUCUUAGUAUUGCUAAAGAACUGGGAGACAGGGCAGGCGAGGGAAGUGCCUACAACAAUCUUGGCUUCGCUUAUCAGAAGCUGGGUGAUUUCAGUCAAGCCAUAGAGUACCUCAGGCAACAUCUUAGUAUUGCUAAAGAACUGGGAGACAGGGCAGGCGAGAGAGGUACCUACCACAAUCUUGGCUCGGCUUAUAAUGAGCUGGGUGAUUUCAAUAAGGCCAUAAAGUACCACAAACACCAUCUCAGUAUUGCUAAAGAACUGGGAGACAGGGCAGACGAGGGAAGUGCCUACAACAAUCUUGGCUUCGCUUAUCAGAAGCUGGGUGAUUUCAGUCAAGCCAUAGAGUACCACAAACACCAUCUCAAUAUUGCUAAGGAACUAAGAGAUAGGGCAGUCGAGUACUGUGCCUCCCAUAAUCUUGGCUCGGCUUAUCACAAAAUGGGUGAUUUUAAUCAAGCCAUAGAGUACCACAAACAACAUCUUAGUAUUGCUAAAGAACUGGGAGACAGGGUAGGCGAGGGAAGUGCCUACAACAAACUUGGCUUCACUUAUCAGAAGCUGGGUGAUUUCAUUCAAGCCAUAGAGUACCUCAGGCAACAUCUUAAUAUUGCUAAAGAACUGGGAGACAGGGCAGACGAAGGAAGUGUCUGUCACAAUCUUGGCACCGUUUAUCAGAAACUGGGUGACUUCAAUCAAGCCAUAGAGUACCACAAACAACAUCUUAGUAUUGCUAAAGAGCUGGGAGACAGGGAAGGCGAGGGAAGUGCCUACAACGAUCUUGGCUUCGCUUAUCGCAAGAUGGGUGAUUUUAAUCAAGCCAUAGAGUACCAAAAACAUCAUCUUAGUAUUGCUAAAGAACUGGGAGACAGGGCAGGCGAGGGAAGUGCCUACAACAAUCUUGGCUUCGCUUAUCACGAGAUGGGUGAUUUCAGUCAAGCCAUAGAGUACCUCAGGCAACAUCUUAGUAUUGCUAAAGAACUGGGAGACAAAGCAGGCGAGGGAAGUGCCUACAACGAUCUUGGCUUCGCUUAUCACAAAAUGGGUGAUUUUAAUCAAGCCAUUAAGUACCGCAAACACCAUCUCAGUAUUGCUAAAGAACUGGGAGAUAGGGCAGACGAGUACCAUGCCUACCACAAUCUUGGCUCGGCUUAUGACAAGCUGGGUAAUUUCAAUCAAGCCAUAGAGUACCACAAACAACAUCUUAGUAUUGCUAAACAACUGGGAGACAAAGAAGGCGAGGGACAUGCCUACAACCAUCUUUUCUCGACUAGUUACGAGUUGGGUGACCUCAAUCAAGCCAUAGAGUAUCUCAGGCAACAUCUUAGCAUUGCUAAACAACUGAGAGACAGGGCAGACGAAAAAAGUGUCUGCCACAAUCUUGGCACUGUUUAUAAGAAGCUGGGUGAUUUCAGUCAAGCCAUAAAGUACCACAAACAACAUCUUAGUAUUGCUAAACAACUGGGAGACAAAGAAGGCGAGGGACAUGCCUACAACCAUCUUUUCUCGAUUAGUCACGAGUUGGGUGACCUCAAUCAAGCCAUAGAGUAUCUCAGGCAACAUCUUAGCAUUGCUAAACAACUGAGAGACAGGGCAGACGAAGAAAGUGUCUGCCACAAUCUUGGCACUGUUUAUAAGAAGCUGGGUGAUUUCAGUCAAGCCAUAAAGUACCACAAACAACAUCUUAAUAUUGCUAAAGAACUGGGAGACAGGGAAGGCGAGGGAAGUGCCUACAACGAUCUUGGCUUCGCUUAUCACGAGAUGGGUGAUUUUAAUCAAGCCAUAGAGUACCAAAAACAACAUCUUUGUGUUGCUAAAGAACUGGGAGACAGGGCAGGCGAGGGAAGUGCCUACAACAAUCUUGGCAUAACUUAUCACGAGAUGGGUGAUUUUAAUCAAGCCAUAGAGUACCACAAACAACAUCUUAGUAUUGCUAAACAACUGGGAGACAGGGCAGGCGAGGGAAGUGCCUACAACAAACUUGGCUGCGCUUAUCAGAAGCUGGGUGAUUUCAGUCAAGCCAUAGAGUACCUCAGGCAACAUCUUAAUAUUGCUAAAGAACUGGGAGACAGGGCAGGCGAGAGAGGUACCUACCACUAUCUUGGCUCGGCUUAUAAUGAGCUGGGUGAUUUCAAUAAGGCCAUUAAGUACCACAAACACCAUCUCAGUAUUGCUAAAGAACUGGGAGACAGGGCAGACGAGGGAAGUGCCUACAACAAUCUUGGCUUCGCUUAUCAGAAGCUGGGUGAUUUCAGUGAAGCCAUAGAGUACCACAAACACCAUCUUAGUAUUGCUAAGGAACUAAAAGAUAGGGCAGUCGAGUACUGUGCCUCCCAUAAUCUUGGCUCGGCUUAUGACGAGCUGGGUGAUUUCAAUCAAGCCAUAAAGUACCACAAACAACAUCUAAGUAUUGCUAAACAACUGGGAGACAGGGCAGGCGAGGGAAGUGCCUACAACAAACUUGGCUGCGCUUAUCAGAAGCUGGGUGAUUUCAGUCAAGCCAUAGAGUACCUCAGGCAACAUCUUAGUAUUGCUAAAGAACUGGGAGACAAAGCAGGCGAGGGAAGUGUCUGCCACAAUCUUGGCACCGUUUAUAAGAAGCUGGGUGACUUCAAUCAAGCCAUAGAGUACCACAAACAACAUCUUAGUAUUGCUAAAGAACUGGGAAACAAGGUAUGCGAGGGAAGUGCCUACAACAGUCUUGGCUUCGCUUAUCAGAAGCUGGGUGAUUUCAUUCAAGCCAUAGAGUACCUCAGGCAACAUCUUAGUAUUGCUAAAGAGCUGGGAGACAGGGAAGGCGAGGGAAGUGCUUACAACGAUCUUGGCUUCGCUUAUCGCAAGAUGGGUGAUUUUAAUCAAGCCAUAGAGUACCAAAAACAACAUCUUAGUAUUGCUAAAGAACUGGGAGACAGGGCAGGCGAGGGAAGUGCCUACAACUAUCUUGGCUUCGCUUAUCACGAGAUGGGUGAUUUUAAUCAAGCCAUAGAGUACCACAAACAACAUCUUAGUAUUGCUAAAGAACUGGGAGACAGGGCAGGCGAGGGAAGUGCCUUCAACAAUCUUGGCUUCGCUUAUCACGAGAUGGGUGAUUUUAAUCAAGCCAUAGAGUACCACAAACAACAUCUUAGUAUUGCUAAAGAACUGGGAAACAGGGCAGGCGAGGGAAGUGCCUACAACAAACUUGGCUGCGCUUAUCAGAAGCUGGGUGAUUUCAGUCAAGCCAUAGAGUACCUCAGGCAACAUCUUAGUAUUGCUAAAGAACUGGGAGACAGGGCAGGUGAGGGAAGUGUCUGCCACAAUCUUGGCACCGUUUAUCAGAAACUGGGUGACUUCAAUCAAGCCAUAGAGUACCACAAACAACAUCUUAGUAUUGCUAAAGAACUGGGAGACAGGGAAGGCGAGGGAAGUGCCUACAACGAUCUUGGCUUCGCUUAUCGCAAGAUGGGUGAUUUUAAUCAAGCCAUAGAGUACCAAAAACAACAUCUUAGUAUUGCUAAAGAACUGGGAGACAGGGCAGGCGAGGGAAGUGCCUACAAUAAUCUUGGCUUCGCUUAUCACGAGAUGGGUGAUUUUAAUCAAGCCAUAGAGUACCACAAACAACAUCUUAGUAUUGCUAAAGAACUGGGAGACAGGGCAGGCGAGGGAAGUGCCUACAACAAUCUUGGCUUCGCUUAUCACGAGAUGGAUGAUUUUUAUCAAGGCAUAGAGUACCACAAACAACAUCUUAGUAUUGCUAAAGAACUGGGAAACAGGGCAGGCGAGGGAAGUGCCUACAACAAACUAUGCUGCGCUUAUCAGAAGCUGGGUGAUUUCAGUCAAGCCAUAGAGUACCUCAGACAACAUCUUAGUAUUGCUAAAGAACUGGGAGACAGGGCAGGUGAGGGAAGUGUCUGCCACAAUCUUGGCACCGUUUAUAAGAAGCUGGGUGACUUCAAUCAAGCCAUAGAGUACCACAAACAACAUCUUAGUAUUGCUAAAGAGCUGGGAGACAGGGAAGGCGAGGGAAGUGCCUACAACGAUCUUGGCUUCGCUUAUCGCAAGAUAGGUGAUUUUAAUCCAGCCAUAGAGUACCAAAAACAACAUCUUAGUAUUGCUAAAGAACUGGGAGACCGGGAAGGCGAGGGAAGUGCCUACAACAAUCUUGGCUUCGCUUAUCACGAGAUGGGUGAUUUUAAUCAAGCCAUAGAGUACCACAAACACCAUAUUAGUAUUGCUAAAGAACUGGGAGACAGGGCAGGCGAGGGAAGUGCCUACAACAAUCUUGGCUUCGCUUAUCAGAAGCUGAGUGAUUUCAGUCAAGCCAUAGAGUACCACAAACACCAUGUCAGUAUUGCUAAGGAACUGGGAGAUAGGGCAGUCGAGUACCGUGCCUCCCAUAAUCUUGGCUCGGCUUAUGACGCGCUUGGUGAUUUCAAUCAAGCCAUAGAGUACCACAAACAACAUCUUAGUAUUGCUAAACAACUGGGGGACAAAGAAGGCGAGAGACGUGCCUACCGCCAUCUUGUCUCGACUAGUUACGAGUUGGGUGACCUCAAUCAAGCCAUAGAGUAUCUCGGGCAACAUCUUAACAUUGCUAAACAACUGGGAGACAGGGCAGGUGAGGGAAUUGACUGUGAUAAUCUUGGCUCAGCUUAUCAACAGCUGGGUGACUUCAAUCAAGCCAUAGAGUACCACAAACAACAUCUUAGUAUUGCUAAACAACUGGGGGACAAAGCAGGUGAAAGACGUGCCUACAACCAUCUUGUCUCGACUAGUUACGAGUUGGGUGACCUCAAUCAAGCCAUAGAGUAUCUCAGGCAACAUCUUAACAUUGCUAAACAACUGUGAGACUGGGCAGGCGAGGGAAGUGCCUGCAACAAUCUUGGCUCAGCUUAUCACAAGAUGGGUGAUUUCAAUCAAGCCAUAGAGUACCACAAACAACAUCUCAGUAUUGUUAAGGAACUGGGAGACAGGGCAGGCGAGGGAAGUGCCUACAACAAUCUUGGCUUUGCUACUUAUGAGCUGGGUGACCUCAAUCAAGCCAUAGAGUACCUCAGGCAACAUCUUAAUAUUGCUAAAGAACUGGGAGACAGGGCAGGCGAGUACCAUGCCUACCACAAUCUUGGCUCAGCUUAUCACCAGAUGGGUGAUUUCAAUCAAGCCAUAGAGUACCACAAACAACAUCUUAGUAUUGCCAAAGAACUGGGAGACAGGGCAGGCGAGGGAAGUGCCUACCGCAAUCUUGUCUCCGCUUAUCAAGAGAUGGGUGGUUUCAAUCAAGCCCUAGAGUACCUCAGGAAAGGUCUUAAUAUUGUUAGAGAGCUGGGAUAUAAGGUACGCGAGGGAGUGGUCUGUAACAAUCUUAGCUUGGCUUAUCAUAAGCUGGGUGAUUUCAAUCGAGCCAUAGAGUGCCUCAGGCAACAUCUUAGUAUUGUUAAAGAACCGGAAGACAGGACAGAGGAGGAGUGUGCCCUUUGCCUGCUUGCUGAGGCUUAUCACGACUUGGGUGAUUUUAAUCAUGCCAUAGAGAACGCCAGCAAAUGUCUAAGUAUUGCUAGAAAACCGCUAGUAAGGUCAAAGGCUUUAAAAGUUUUUGGUAAAAGUUAUAUGUCAAUUGGUAAAUUGUUUCAAGCCAUGCAGUUUUUCGAGAAAUUCCUUCAUAUCGCUAAACACAUAGGCGACAGGAAAAACGAGGCUAAAGCCUAUGUCCUUAUUGGAACUGUUAAUGCUCGACGGGAUGAUUUUAACCAGGCAACAGAGUAUCUUGAAAAAGCGCUUACCAUGGCCAAAGAACUGAGAGACCAGGAAAUCGAGGCAAUGGUCUACGCCAGUUUUGUGGAAGUUCUUCGUAAACAGGGUGACUUUGAACGAGCCAUCGAGUACAACAAGAAAUGUCUUAAUAUGGUUCAGAAAUUGGGGCAAGGAAUAAUCAUGGGAAAUUGUUUAGCCAAUUUAGGUCGUACUUAUGAAAGCUCUGGAGACUUACAUCAAGCGGUUGAUUAUUAUCAACGCAGUACUAAACUUUUCAAUGAAUUUAGAGUUCUGCAAGCUGACGAUACGUUGAAAGUAAUUUUCCGCAAUGCACGUCAAGACAUUUAUCAGUCACUCUGCAGAACUUUGCUCAAGCUGUCAAAAUUCGACGAGGCAUUGUGUGCUGCGGACCAAGGACGAGCCGAGGCCUUGUUGGAUCUCAUCAAACUACGAUAUGGAUCCCAACUGGCAGUUUCUGGAUCAGUUCAGGCUAAACCAGGCAUCUCCGAAGUAGUCACUAAUAUCUCUGCUACGACGCUUUUUGUUGCACUACAAGGAAACGCAGUUAACCUGUGGGUAAUCGGGAAAAACAGGAAUGUACAGUUUACAAAGAAAGAAGUGAAAUAUCUCCUUGGAGAUGCGACUGACUAUUUGAAUUGCUUAAGGAAGAAGGCUUACCAGGAAAUUCGAGGAGGAUUCAGGGUAAUCUGCGAAAACCGCACAUUAGACGGGUCAAGUACCGAACAAGAAUUGCCACCCGCCGAGGAAAGAGGUGAGGAAACAGGAAACCCAUUACAGUCUGACGAGAAUCCUCUGCGUCUCUUCUAUGAGUGCAUCAUAAGUCCUAUUUCAAAUUUGAUCGAAGAUGGCGAGUUGGUUGUCGUUCCUGAUGGUCCACUGUGCCUCGCCCCUUUUGCUGCAUUUUUGGAUUCCGAAUCAAAGUACCUCAGUGAGUCCAUGAGGAUACGUAUUCUUCCGUCAUUGAUGUGUAUGAAACUGAUCAACGCUUCUCCGAAAGAAUAUCACAACAAGAGUGGGGCGUUGCUCGUAGGAGAUCCAUGUCUAAAAGACUUUACCACCUUGCUCGGAGAGAAUAGAUAUCGGCCCUUGUCCUGCGCCAAAAAGGAAGUGGAGAUGAUCGGAGCGAUGCUUGGUAUCCACCCACUCACUGGAAAAGAGGCAACCAAGGCUGAGGUGCUUAAGAGAAUCAAUUCGGUUGCUUUGGUACAUAUUGCUGCGCACGGAAAAAUCGAGACUGGGGAAAUUGCAUUGGCUCCAAAUCCAGAAAGAAAAUACGUCAGACCAGAAGAACAAGAUUUCAGGCUAACAAUUUCCGAUGUGCAAGCAGCGAAGUUACGUGCAAAGCUUGUUGUGUUAAGUUGUUGUCACAGUGCUCAAGGCAAGGUGUCAAGUGAAGGUGUGGUCGGCAUUGCACGGGCUUUCAUUGGUGCUGGUGCUCGUUCUGUUCUGGUCGCACUCUGGUCAAUUGAUGACGAGGCUACCAUGGAGUUUAUGAGAAGCUUUUACCAACAUCUGAAGGAUGGAAACAGCGCCAGCGUGUCGCUCAACCGGGCGAUGAAAUGUCUGCGAGAAUCAGAAGACUUUAAUGCCCCGCGGUUCUGGGCUCCGUUUGUACUCAUUGGUGAUGACGUCACAAUCGAUUUUAAAGAAAUCAACAAUGAAUCGUGA